UCGGGACUCGCGGUGUUUCCAGACGGCGUACAGUAAUAAGGUGGUGUGUCCAGACCAGAUACAAAAAUUCUUCCACAAUAGGGGGAAAAAAAUUAACGAAGUAAGACCAGUUAAAUCCGUUUAAGAGUAUCGGAAAAAGCUUCAACUGAGAAUUUUAAUUUAAAUAUGAUGAACGGCCAGAUUAACGGGUUCCACAACUCCCUCAUCGAGGAGGACUCCUUUCUUUUCACCUCGGAGUCUGUUGGAGAAGGACACCCCGAUAAAAUCUGUGACCAAAUUAGUGAUGCUGUGCUUGAUGCUCAUCUGAAACAGGACCCUGAUGCUAAAGUUGCCUGUGAAACUGUUGCCAAGACUGGGAUGAUCCUGCUGGCAGGAGAAGUGACAUCUCGAGCAUCUGUGGACUACCAGAAGGUGGUUCGUGAGACAAUCAAACAUAUUGGUUAUGAUGACUCUUCCAAAGGCUUUGAUUACAAAACCUGCAAUGUGCUGGUAGCUCUGGAGCAGCAGUCACCUGAUAUUGCCCAGGGUGUGCACCUGGACCGCAGUGAGGAGGAUGUGGGUGCAGGGGACCAGGGUCUGAUGUUUGGAUAUGCCACUGAUGAGACCGAGGAGUGCAUGCCCCUUACAAUUGUCCUUGCACAUAAGCUCAAUGCCAAGAUGGCUGAACUGCGCCGGAAUGGGACCCUGCCAUGGUUGAGGCCUGACUCUAAGACACAGGUGACUGUGCAGUACAGGCAAGACCGUGGUGCUGUGCUGCCUGUACGUGUGCACACUAUUGUCAUCUCUGUACAGCAUGAUGAGGAUGUCUGCCUGGAUGAGAUGCGGGAUGCAUUGAAGGACAAAGUCAUUAAAGCUGUGGUACCCAGUGUCUAUUUGGAUGAUGACACCAUCUAUCAUCUGCAGCCCAGUGGUCGCUUUGUCAUUGGGGGCCCCCAGGGUGAUGCUGGCCUAACAGGCCGCAAGAUCAUUGUGGACACUUAUGGGGGCUGGGGAGCCCAUGGAGGUGGGGCCUUCUCUGGCAAGGACUACACCAAGGUGGACCGAUCUGCUGCCUAUGCUGCUCGCUGGGUUGCAAAGUCACUUGUAAAAGCAGGCCUGUGCAAACGUGUUUUAGUCCAGGUGUCCUAUGCUAUUGGAGUGUCCCACCCUCUGUCCAUUUCCAUCUUCCACUAUGGGACAUCUCAAAAGAGUGAGAAGGAGCUGCUGGAGAUUGUGAAAAAGAACUUUGACCUCCGACCUGGUGUCAUUGUCAGGGAUCUGGAGCUGAAGAAGCCCAUUUAUCAGAGGACCGCUGCAUACGGCCACUUUGGUCGUGAUUCCUUUCCUUGGGAGGUGCCCAAAAAGCUGAAAUACUAAACAUGUCAAGCUUUUUUCCCCCCAGGCCUGUUGGUGUAUACUACAGAGAAGCCUGCAAGGUCUUGGUGGGGGAAGGCCAUCGUGAAAACACACACACACUCGCACGCAGUGCAACCGCUAAUGGCAAAAUAACCCCUCACCCAGAUCCCAGAAUCCUCUCAUUCUUCCUGAUCCUUAACUCCUUUCUUGAGCAGUUGGAUUUUUUUUUUGGCUUUGUUCUUGGCCAGUGUGCUUUUGCUUGAGCAGGUUUGUCUAAAGCAAGUGUGGGACCAUGGAGAGUUUUCCUGAACACCGUGGGGUUGUGGCUCCCAUGUAGGUAUCAUGGUCCAAGGGCUUAUUCCCUCCCUCCAUGAAACUCUCAAGCUUCAUGCAGACACCCUAUCAUCAUAAUGCCAACUCAACUUGAUAUCUUCUCUUGUGGUACGGUCUUAUAUGGCUUGAAAACUGCACAAAUAAUCGUACUGGCCUGGUGAAACUGACACAUGCUACAGGAGGUGUAGUGCAGAAACUGUAUUUACCCCCAAUACAAUCUAGAAUGUGCACCAGCAAGUUGAUUCAAGUCUACAUGGCUAGAUUCCACACCAGAAUUGGAGUGCUGUACAUGUUCUGUAGUGUAGUUGCUGGCCACCCCACUUACUUCACCUUAUUCCUUACUCUUCUGUCCAACUGGAGGAUGUAACGUUGGCACAAUUGGAUACAAAGGGUUUUGUUUUCUCAAUUGCUAUGCAUCGCAGGCUGAAAGCACUAGCCAAACACUGUUUUUCUGGGGUAGGUGACUACAGUCCAUGCAGACUGGCCGUUUUCUGACGUACUACAGAAAAGUCAGAAGCUGCUAUGACCCGGCUCCAUUUGCAUUAGGUCUGUAAGUGCUACGUGUUUUCUGUAAGGAAUUGACAUGCCACUCAAAUUCUUUCAGAAUGCUUUUUUCCUUUUUAAAUCAAUUUUAAUAUGGUUAAUGACAAAGGCACUCCUCCCACCUCUUGUGGUAUUGAAGACAGGUGUAGCUACAGAGAAACCUCCUUCAAUUACCCUGAGGAAGGGCAGUCUUAACCUCCACUGAAGCUCUUUAUACUUGAACCUGAAAAUGGAAACAGAUCUUAUUUAUUGUGCUCUGAAACUUGGUGUGGAUACAGAGAAGCUACAGUUUCAGAAGGCAGCUUUUAGUAAACAUGUUUUUAUAUUUUUCCCUUUUAUUCAAGUUGUAUCUCACAAGUUCUGUUUCCAGUGUUCCCUUGUGGCCCAAAGUGUCCUACAGAAAAGCUUUGGGAUGCACCCACAUGGGCCUGCUGCAACGAAUGACGUGAGCUUGAUGAAAUUGCUCUGAACAUGCACCCAUUUGCGCAAGCUCACCUGCAAUGAGGUGCGACAUCUGGCUGGUGUUGUACAGAGAAGCCAGCUGUGUUUACAGGCCCUCUUUCUGGUUGGUGCUUGCUUUAUUUUUGCUGUUUGGAGG